ACAGUGAUGGCCUUCAACCAUCUGAUCUGUGUGGCGGCUGUACUGGCUCUGCUGAUGAAAGACAGUGAUUCACAGCUCUCAGUAUGUGGUAAACCAUCACUUAACACCAGGAUAGUUGGAGGAGAAGCAGCUCCUCCAGGCAGCUGGCCCUGGCAGGUCAGUCUGCACAUAUUUUCUCACUUCUGUGGAGGAUCUCUGAUCAAUGACCAGUGGGUGCUGACUGCUGCUCAUUGCGUCUCAUGGUUUAGCAGCACUGCUGGUCUAACAGUGUAUCUGGGUCGUCAGAAUCAGAGUGAAUCUAACCCAAAUGAAGUCUCUCGGACAGUAACAAGGAUCAUUAUUCAUCCUGAAUACAACAAACCACGUUUUAACAAUGACAUUGCGCUUCUGAAGAUGUCUGAACCAGUGGUUUUCAGCAAUUACAUCUCACCCGUCUGCCUGGCAGCCUUCAACAGCACCUUUAACAACGGGGAAGAUGCCUGGGUUACUGGCUGGGGCAAAAUUGGAUUUCAUGAACCUCUUCCUUCACCAGGGAAACUUUUGGAAGUCGAUGCAAAAAUUGUGGGAACUCCCCAGUGCAAUUGUGAUUACAGUAACACAGAUGUUGAUUCAAUUACUGACAACAUGAUAUGUGCUGGGUUUCGUGAAGGAGGAAAGGGAACUUGUUUGGGAGAUUCUGGAGGUCCACUUGUGAGCCAACAGGGUGAUCGCUGGAUUCAGGCUGGAAUUGUGAAUUUCGCUGUUGGUUGUGCUAAGCCCAAAUUCCCAACAGUCUAUGCCAGAGUAUCCCAGUUUGAGAGCUGGAUUAAAAGCCACAUCACCAGAAACCAGCCAGGCUUUCUCACUUAUGUGUCUAACAACACAGAGGAUGUCUUAAACAUUUCCUGUACAACUCCUGCCCUGACCUCGACAAUAAAUAUAUCUGAAGUGUGUGGUCGACCAUCACUUAACACCAGGAUUGUAGGAGGAGAGGCAGCCCCUCCAGGCAGCUGGCCCUGGCAAGUCAGUCUGCACACAUUUUCUUCUCACAUCUGUGGAGGAUCUCUGAUUAAUGACCAGUGGGUGCUGACCGCUGCUCACUGUGUCCAAAGUCUGAGCACGUCACCAUCUCUCGUGACAGUAUAUCUGGGUCGUCAAAGUCAGGAGGGAUCCAAUCCAAAUGAAGUCAUUCGGAUAGUAUCACAUAUCAAUAUUCAUCCAGAAUACAACUUUCUAAAUGAUAACAAUGACAUUGCACUUUUGAGGCUCUCUGAACCAGUAAAUUUCACGGAUUACAUCUCUCCAGUUUGUCUAGCCGCUCCAAAAAGCACAUUUUACAGUGGUGUUGACUCCUGGGUCACUGGCUGGGGAACCAUUGGAAGUGGAGUUCCUCUACCAUCUCCUAAAAAUCUGAUGGAGGUGACAGUGCCGGUUGUUGGAAACAGACAGUGCAAGUGUAACUAUGGGGAGAGGACGAUCACUGAAAACAUGAUAUGUGCUGGGUUACAAGAGGGAGGCAAGGAUUCCUGUCAGGGGGAUUCAGGAGGUCCGAUGGUGAGCAAACAGGGUGACCGCUGGAUUCAAGCAGGAAUUGUAAGUUUUGGAAUUGGGUGUGCUAGGCCAGAAUUCCCAGGAGUCUAUGCCAGAGUAUCCCAGUAUGAGACCUGGAUCAACAGUUUGAUCCGCAUCAACCAGCCAGGCUUCAUUACCUUCACAUCUGAAGGGACUGAUAGUGACCUCAGCUUUUCCUGUACAACCCCACCAACAACACUAACACCAACUAAACCUAAACCUGUAGUCUGUGGACAAGCCCCACUGGGUUCUCGUAUUUUGGGAGGUGUUUCAGUGACGUCAGCUGGCGAGUGGCCAUGGAUGGCGAGCUUGCAGAGAAAAGGCCAGCAUGUCUGUGGAGGGACGCUAGUGUCUGAGAACUCUGUGCUGACCAAUGCUGACUGCUUCUCAGACUCGAAUGAGGCUUCUGAGUGGACAGUCAUGUUGGGUCGUCUGAAGCAGAACGGAUCUAACAAGUUUGAGGUGUCACUGAAUGUGAUAAAUAUCACUAUGAGCAACCUGACAGGAAGCAACAUCGCAGUGCUAAAGCUGUCAUCCCCACCCCCCCUGAACGACUACAUCCAGCCAAUCUGCUUGGACAAUGGAAGAACUUUCCCAGUAGGGUCAGCUUGUUGGGCUGCUGGCUGGAGCUCUGAAAGAGGAGAAGACGAACAAGCUCUGCAGCAGUUAGAGACAACAGUACUUCAUUGUGGGGAUUCAUCAUCAUCUGACAGCAUCUGCACACAAUCAUUCACCCUGGAGAAGACUGACUCUGGUGGUCCGCUCAUGUGUAAGCAGGAUGGCUCUUGGUUCCAGGUAGUUGUGCUAACAUCUCCAAGCACCUCCAACAGAAGUAAACGAGCCGAGCCUAUGAUGGUCUUUGAAAAACUGGACCGCUUUGAGUCCUUUCUGACUCGUACACUGGGACAAUUCUUGUCUCCUGCUGUGACUGUCAAUGACAACAGCACCAAUACCACCACAACCCCCUCCAGCAUGACAACCAGUGGGGUUUCAGUUUCCUACUCUCCAUUUUCCCUUUUAGGCCAUCUUCUUCUCUUUGCUCUAUGCCUCCAAACCUUCAAAUAGACUGAUUGUCAAGAUAUCAAACACACAUAAAAAUAUGGUGAAGGUGUUUUUAUUUUAGUCAAUAAUACUCUGAUAUGAUUUAAAGGUUGUUUCUGCCUUUGGUUGAUUAAAAGGAUCAUAGUUAACACCAUGUUACCAUUUACCUGAAAACAAGACAAAUUCUUAACACGAUAUCAACCUUAGAGUAAAAAAAAAAACUCGGAUAUGCAAGGGUUAAUGAACAGGUAACAGAUAAUUAAGAAAAUGGGUCUAAUGUAAGUUUUAAUUAUAUCUUUAGUAUGUAUCAUGAAGUUACUUUUCUCAAAUUAUUAUUACAUAUUAUGAACAUUACUUAUUUCUUAUUCAAUAAAUCAUUCUUUGAUGCAUUUCUGAAUACUAAGCAAACUGCCAAUCGCUGAUGUAUCCAUAAUGGAUUU